GCGCGGACUAGAGCCGUGAACUUCCCCAGCAGGACCGCGCUGCUCCUCCCCGGAGUGACGCCCUCCGCCCAUGGGCCUGGCCGGGGGCAACCGGCGGGCGGCGCGGAGGAGGCGGCGACAGGUGGCGCGCAGCUGGGCCGGAGCCGGGUCAGGCCAUGGCCGCCUCCGAGCGGCUCUACGAGUUGUGGCUGCUCUACUAUGCGCAGAAGGACCUGGCCUACCUGCAGCAGUGGCUGAAGGCCUUCGUGGGUGCCUUUGAGAAGAGCAUCUCCCUGUCCUCCCUGGAGCCACGAAGGCCAGAGGAGGCAGGUGCCGAAGUGCCGCUGCUUCCGCUAGAUGCGCUGCAUGUGCUGGCCGAGCAGCUGGACCAGGGGGACCUGGAGCAAGCCCUGCUGCUGCUGAAGCUCUUCAUCCUCCUCUGCAGGAACCUGGAGAAUGUAGAGGCAGGCUGGGGCCGGGUGCUGGUGCCCCGAGUGCUGGCCCUGUUGACAGCACUGGUGGCCGAGCUGAAAGGGACCCCACCACCCCAGGAGAGCCGAGGGACCCAGCUGGAGAACGUGGCCCUCUACGCCCUGCUCCUUUGUGAGGGCCUCUUUGACCCCUACCAGACCUUGAGGCGUCAGCACAGUGGGGAAGUCAUCAGCUCCAAGGAGAAGAGUAAAUACAAGUUCCCUCCUGCAGCUUUGCCCUGUGAAUUCAGCACCUUCUUCCAAGAGAGCCUGCAGGAUGCAGACCGAUGGCCUCCCGCCCUGCUGCUGCGACUCAUCCACCUCUUUAGUGCCAUCCUGGCAGGAGGAAAGGAGAACGGGCAGAUGGCCGUGAGCUCCGGCUCCGUGCAGGGCCUGCUGGGUGUGGUACAGAGCUGCGGCCGUGGAUCAGCCCAGGACCCUUGCCUAUUGUCACUGGCACUGGAGGCACUGGUGGGUGCCGUCCAUGUCCUGCACGCCAGCCGCGCUCCACCCCGUGGGCCUGAGCUCCGUGCCCUACUGGAGGGCUACUUCCGUGUCCUUAAUGCUGAUUGGCCGGCUGCUCCAAGCUCAGGCCCUGAAGAGGCCCCUGUCGCCCUGCGGGUCAGCAUGCUUGAUGCCAUCCCCCUGAUGCUGGCAUGUGAGGACCGCCCAGUGCUGCAAGCCACCUUCCUUAGCAACAACUGCUUUGAACACCUCAUGCGCCUCAUCCAGAACAGCAAGCUGUACUUGCAGGCCCGGGCACCCCCUGAGGGGGACAGUGACCUGGCUACCUGGUUACUGACUGAGCCCGAUGUCCAGAAGGUGCUGGACCAGGACACAGACACCAUCGCAGUACAUGUGGUCAGGGUGCUGACCUGCAUCAUGAGUGGCUCCCCCUCAGCCAAGGAGGUGUUUAAGGAACGCAUCGGCUACCCUCACCUUCAUGAGGUUCUGCAGAGCCAUGGUCCACCCACCCAUCGGCUGUUGCAAGAGCUGCUCGAUAUGGCGGUGGAGGGGGACCACAGCUUAUGCCCGCCUCCACCUAUCCGCAAUGAGCAGCCUGUGUUGGUGCUGAUGCAGUGGCUGCCAGCACUGCCCACUGCCGAGCUGCGGCUCUUCCUAGCACAACGGCUCCGGUGGCUCUGUGACAGUUGCCCUGCCAGCCGUGCCACCUGUGUGCAGGCAGGCCUGGUGGGCUGCCUAUUGGAGACACUCAGCACAGGGGCAGCCUUGGGGCCCCGCUGCCAGGAACAGCUGUUGGCACUGCUGCAAGCACUGGGCUGCGUGUCACUAAGACCCUUGGAGCUUCGUCACCUGCUAUGCCCCCCGCCAGGGCUGGACCCAGGGCAGGGCGGAACUGAGGUGGGGAAGGCCCGACACGCAGGGGCUGUCAUCCGCGCACUCUCAGGCAUGGCCCGGCAUCAAGGUCCUCCUCGUGCCUUGCGUUACUUUGACCUCACACCCAGCAUGGCAGGCAUCAUGGUGCCCCCUGUGCAGCGAUGGCCAGGGCCCGGCUUCACUUUUCAUGCCUGGCUCUGUCUGCACCCCACGGAUGCAGCACUUGCCUUGGCUCCUACCCGGCCACUCCAGCGAAAGCAGCUGUACAGCUUCUUUACCAGCAGCGGCUCAGGGUUUGAGGCCUUCUUCACGGUGGCUGGGACCCUGGUGGUAGCUGUGUGCACGCGAAAGGAGUACUUGACCAUGAGCCUGCCCGAAGUGACCUUCGCCGACUCUGCCUGGCACUGUGUAGCCAUUGUCCAUGUGCCUGGGCGCCGGCCCUUCAGCCAGAACCUGGUCCAUGUCUACAAGGAUGGCCAUCUGGUCCGGACAGCACCCCUUCGCUGUCCCUCCCUCAGUGAGCCUUUCUCUUCCUGCUGCAUCGGCUCUGCUGGGCACCGCACAACGACCACCACCACGGGGCCGCCCAUGCCACCAGGCCCCACUGCCUUGGAGCAUACUCACCCUGCCCUCACCCGCUCCCAGUCAGUGCCAGCCUCCACAGGGCUCGGCUGGGGGUCCGGGCUGGUGGCCCCCCUGCAGGAGGGCAGCAUCAGCUCCACCCUUGCAGGCACCCAGGACACCCGGUGGGGCAGCCCCACCUCUCUGGAGGGCGAGCUGGGGGCCGUGGCCAUCUUCCAUGAAGCCCUGCAGGCACCGGCCCUGCGGACUCUGUGCGCCCUGGGGCCCAACGAGAUGGCACCCUUUAAGCCCGAGGGUGAACUGUACGAGCUGGGCACGAAGCUGCUCCUUCAUUAUUCACCUCAGGCCUGUAAGAACAAUAUCUGUCUGGACCUAUCCCCUGGCCAUGGGCUGGAUGGUCGCCUGACGGGCCACAGGGUAGAGACCUGGGAUGUUAAGGAUGUGGUAAACUGCGUGGGGGGCAUGGGGGCUCUGCUGCCCCUGCUGGAGCAAGUGGCUGAGCAGCCCCAAGAGGCUGAGGCAGGGCCAGCAGAAACGCAUGACCUCGUGGGCCCCGAACUGACCUCCGGCCGCAACGCUCAGGGCCUGCUCCUCCCCCUGGGCAAGUCUUCAGAGGAGAGAAUGGAGAGGAACGCAGUGGCUGCCUUUCUGUUGAUGCUGCGGAACUUCCUGCAGGGCCAUGUUGUCAACCAGGAGAGCCUAGUGCAGUGCCAGGGGCCUGCCAUCAUUGGGGCCCUCCUGCGCAAGGUCCCUAGCUGGGCCAUGGACAUGAACGUGCUCAUGUCUGCCCAGUUGCUAAUGGAGCAGGUGGCAGCGGAGAACAGCGGGCCCCUCUUGUACGGGCUCUACCAGCAUCUGCUCUUCAACGUUCACCUCUGGACCCUCAGUGACUUUGCUGUGCGCCUCGGCCACAUCCAGUACAUGUCCAGCAUAGUCCGGGAGCACAGACAGAAGCUGCGGAGGAAGUAUGGGGUCCAGUUCAUCCUCGAUGCUCUGCGCACCCACUACAGCCCGCGCCGGGAGCGCCCCCUUGCGGCUGAUGACCUGCGCACAGUGCAGACUUCCCUCCUGGGCCUGGCACGGGAGUUCCUGGUGCGGAACUUCUCUGCUGAAGACAUGCAGGUUGUGCUGAACUUUUUGGCAGCCACAAGUGAUGAUGGCCAGGUGGUGGGUACGCUGGACCUGCUGCUGGCCCUGCUGCAGGGCUCCCCGGCACAGGAGUCCUUGGCUGUCUUCCUGUUGGAGCCGGGGAACCUCGAGGUGCUGCUGGCACUACUGGUGCGGCCCAGAUCACUGCCUCUGCUGCCCGACCGAGUCUGCAAGAUCCUGCGCAGACUGCAGCAGAAUGAGCGGUUACCUGAACGAUGCCGCCAGCGGCUCCGGCUGCGGGACUGUGGUCUCCAGGGUCUUGUCGCCUGCCUGCCUGAGGGGACCAUUUCCCCCCAACUCUGCCAGGGCCUCUACAAGCUGAUCCUGGGGGCAGAUUGUCUGAACCUCUCGGAUCUGCUGGCUGUGGUACAACUGUCCUUCCAGGCUGACCUCAGCAUCCGCCUGGACAUCUGUCGCCAGCUCUUCCACCUCAUCUAUGGACAGCCAGACGUGGUGCGGCUGCUGGCCCAGCAGGCUGGCUGGCAGGAUGUGCUGACCCGGCUGUAUGUCCUGGAGGCUGCCACAGCCAGCAGUCCCUCACCCUUUCUGCCGGAGCCACCCACCUCCCCAGAGCCAUCUCUGCCCAAGCCACCCACCGAGUCACCUGCUGAGCCUUCUGAUGUCUUCCUGCCCUCAGAGGCCCCCUGCCCUGACCCUGAUGCCUUUUACCAUGCCCUGUCCCCGUUCUGCACACCCUUUGACCUGGGCCUGGAACGGGCCAGUGUGGGCUCAGGCAACACUGCUGGUGGCGGCAGCGGCAGCGGGACCCUCACUCCGGCCAGCCAGCCUGGCACACCUUCCCCGCUAGACGGGCCGCGGCCCUUCCCUGCUGCCCCCGGCCGCCACAGCUCCAGUCUCUCCAAUGUGCUGGAGGAUGGCAGCCUCCCGGAGCCCACCAUCAGCGGGGAUGACACCUCUAAUACCAGCAACCCUCAGCAAACCUCUGAGGAGGAACUGUGCAACCUGCUCACCAAUGUGCUGUUCUCCGUGACGUGGCGGGGCGUGGAAGGCAGCGACGAGGCUGCCUGGCGGGAGCGGGGCCAGGUCUUCUCGGUGCUCACCCAGCUGGGGGCCUCAGCCACACUUGUGCGCCCACCGGACUACAUCAAGCGCAGCCUCCUGGAGAUGAUGUUGGAAUCAGCCCUGACAGACAUUAAGGAGGCGCCCCCAGGGGUCCUGGCUAGCCUCACCCAGCAGGCACUUUGGCUGCUGCGCCUGCUACAAGACUUCCUUUGUGCUGAGGGCCACGGUAACCAGGAGCUGUGGAGUGAGAAGCUCUUUGAAGGUGUGUGCAACCUACUCGAUCGCCUGGGAGCCUGGCCGCACCUGGCCAAUGGCACAGCUGAUCUCCGCGAGAUGGCACAGAUUGGCCUGCGUCUUGUGCUCGGCUACAUCCUGCUGGAGGACCCACAGCUGCAUGCCCAGGCCUAUGUGAAACUACACAUGCUGCUGCAGACGGUGGUGCCUGUCCGCCGGGAGGAGGCCUGCUAUGUGCUCUCCAAGCUGGAAGCCGCCCUGGGUCGGGCGCUGGACACCUCUUCCUCCCAGAUGGCCACGGAGAAUGGGCAGCCCCCACCCCCAGCCGCAGCAGCUACGGAGCGCUGUUCCUGGCUGGUGCCGCUGGUGCGCACGCUGCUGGACCGCGCCUACGGGCCCCUGGGACUACAGUGGGGUCUGCCCUCGCUGCCGCCCACCAACGGCAGCCCCACCUUCUUCGAGGACUUCCAAGCUUUUUGUGCCACACCCGAAUGGCGCCACUUCAUUGACAAACAGGUGCAGCCCGCCAUGUCGCAGUUUGAAAUGGACACUUAUGCUAAGAGCCACGACCUCAUGUCGGGUUUCUGGAACGCCUGUUACGACACACUCAUGAGCAGUGGGCAGCGGCGCCAGCGAGAGCGCAUGCGCAGUCGUCGGGCCUUCCAGGAGCUGGUGCUGGAACCCGCGCAGCGGCGAGCACGCCUGGAGGGGCUGCGCCACGUGGCGGCCCUGAAGCAGCAGGCAGCACAGCACUCCACCGCCCUGCUGCACUGGGGGGCGCUGUGGCGCCAGCUCUCCUGUCCCCGCGGGGCCUGGGCGCUGAGGGAGCCCCCGACCCCCCACUGGAAGCUGUCCAGUGCGGAGACGUACUCGCGCAUGCGCCUGAAGCUGGUGCCCAACUACCACUUCGACCCUCACCUGGAAGCCAGCGCCUUAAGGGACAACCUGGGUGAGGCUCCCCUGACACUCACUGAAGAGGCCUCACUGCCUCUGGCAGUGACCAAAGAAGCCAAAGUCAGCACCCCCCAAGAAGAGCUGCAGGAGGACCAGCUAGGCGAGGACGAGCUGGCUGCACUAGAGACCCCGAUGGAGGCGGUGGAACUGGAUGAGCAGCGUGAGAAGCUGGUGCUGUCGGCCGAGUGCCAGCUGGUCACAGUAGUGGCCGUGGUCUCCGGGCUGCUGGAGGUCACCACACAGCAUGUGUACUUCUACGACGGCAGCACCGAGCGUGUGGAAACAGAGGAGGGCAUUGGCCAUGACUUCCGGCGCCCGCUGGCCCAGCUGCGAGAGGUCCACCUCCGGCGUUUCAACCUGCGUCGUUCUGCACUUGAGCUGUUCUUCAUCGAUCAGGCCAACUACUUCCUCAACUUCCCCUGUAAAGCGGGCGGAACCCCAGCCUCAUCUCCUUCUCAGGCUCCCAGACCCCAACCCUACCCCACUCCACCCCACACUCAGGUACGGAACCAGGUGUACUCAUGGCUCCUGCGCCUGCGGCCCCCCACCCAAGGCUACCUAAGCAGCCGCUCCCCGCAGGAGAUGCUGCGUGCCUCAGGCCUUACCCAGAAAUGGGUACAGCGUGAGAUAUCCAAUUUCGAGUACUUGAUGCAACUCAAUACCAUUGCGGGGCGGACCUACAAUGACCUGUCUCAGUACCCUGUGUUCCCCUGGGUCCUGCAGGACUAUGUGUCCCCAACCCUGGACCUCAGCAACCCGGCUGUCUUCCGAGACCUGUCCAAGCCCAUCGGUGUGGUGAACCCCAAGCAUGCCCAGCUCGUGAGGGAGAAGUACGAGAGCUUUGAGGACCCUGCCGGCACCAUUGACAAGUUCCACUAUGGCACCCACUACUCCAACGCAGCAGGCGUGAUGCACUACCUCAUCCGCGUGGAGCCCUUUACCUCCCUGCACGUCCAGCUGCAGAGUGGCCGCUUUGACUGCUCCGACCGGCAGUUCCACUCGGUGGCGGCAGCCUGGCAGGCCCGCCUGGAGAGCCCUGCCGACGUGAAGGAGCUCAUCCCAGAGUUCUUCUACUUCCCUGAUUUCCUGGAGAACCAGAAUGGUUUUGACCUCGGCUGCCUCCAGCUGACCAACGAGAAGGUGGGCGACGUGGUGCUGCCUCCGUGGGCCAGCUCGCCCGAGGACUUCAUCCAGAAGCACCGCAGGGCUCUGGAGUCAGAGUAUGUGUCUGCCCACCUGCACGAGUGGAUCGACCUCAUCUUCGGCUACAAGCAGCGGGGGCCAGCAGCAGAGGAAGCGCUCAAUGUCUUCUAUUACUGCACCUAUGAGGGGGCUGUCGACCUGGACCACGUGGCAGAUGAGCGGGAACGGAAGGCUCUAGAGGGCAUUAUCAGCAACUUUGGGCAGACUCCCUGUCAGCUGCUGAAGGAGCCACAUCCGACGCGCCUGUCGGCUGAGGAAGCAGCCCAUCGCCUGGCGCGCCUGGACACUAACUCACCCAGCAUCUUCCAGCACCUGGACCAGCUUAAGGCCUUCUUCGCAGAGGUGGUCAGUGAGGGUGUGCCCCUGGUGCUAGCCCUGGUCCCCCACCGGCAGCCCCACUCCUUCAUCACCCAGGGCUCCCCAGACCUCUUGGUGACUGUGAGUGCCAAUGGGCUGCUGGGCACCCACAGCUGGCUGCCCUAUGAUCGCAACAUAAGCAACUACUUCAGCUUCAGCAAAGACCCCACCAUGGGCAACCCCAAGAUGCAGCGACUGCUUAGCGGCCCCUGGGUGCCAGGCAGUGGCGUGACUGGGCAGGCACUGGCUGUAGCCCCUGAUGGAAAGCUGCUGUUCAGUGGUGGCCACUGGGAUGGCAGCCUGCGAGUGACUGCACUACCCCGAGGCAAGCUGCUGAACCAGCUCAGCCGCCACCUUGAUGUAGUGACCUGCCUUGCACUGGACACGUGUGGCAUCUACCUCAUCUCAGGCUCUCGGGAUACCACGUGCAUGGUGUGGCGGCUCCUGCAGCAGGGUGGUCUGUCAGUAGGGCUGGCACCAAAGCCUGUGCAGGUCCUGUACGGCCACGAGGCUGCAGUGAGCUGUGUGGCCAUCAGCACUGAACUGGACAUGGCUGUGUCUGGAUCUGAGGAUGGAACUGUGAUCAUACACACUGUGCGCCGUGGCCAGUUUGUGGCAGCACUACGGCCUCCGGGUGCUGCAUUGCCUGGGCCCGUGUCCCACCUGGCACUGGGGUCUGAAGGCCAGAUUGUGGUACAGAGCUCAGCGUGGGAGCGUCCUGGGGCCCAGGUCACCUACUCACUGCACUUAUACUCCGUGAACGGGAGGCUGCGGGCCUCCCUGCCCCUGGCAGAGCAGCCUACGGCCUUGGCAGUGACAGAGGACUUUGUGUUGCUGGGCACGGCCCAGUGCGCCCUGCACAUCCUCCACCUAAACAAACUGCUGCCGGCCGCGCCGCCCUUGCCCAUGAAGGUGCCCAUCCGGAGCGUGGCGGUGACCAAGGAGCGCAGCCACGUGCUCGUGGGCUUGGAGGACGGCAAGCUGAUCGUGGUGGGCUCCGGGAAGCCCUCUGAGCUGCGCAGCAACCAGUUCGCGCGGAAGCUGUGGCGGUCAUCGUCGCGGCGCAUCACCCAGGUGUCCUCCGGUGAGACGGAGUACGGGUCCGGAGAAGCACGCUGACAGCCUGGCCGCCCCGGCUCCGCCCCCAGCGGGCCCGACCUGCAGGCAGGCCCCGCCCAGGCGCCGGCGGGAACACCGCGGAGUCGGCCGCGCGAGCGGGUGGGCGGGGCCCCACUCCCGCCCAGCUCGGGGAUUGGCGGGCGCGGCACUCCAGGAAGUCCCGCCCCUCGCCCUUAGAGGCGGGGCCACCCUGAAAUCCCGCGCUGCCUCCGCGCUCGCGGCUGCACAUUUUGCACAACCUGGGGCCAGGGGUCCCCGGCUUACGAGCCCCCAGUCCCGGCGGAGCACAGGGGUCGCCCGUGGCCUUAACCCCUCAAGGCGGCCCCAGCUCUCCGUUCUUGGCAAUAAACCCGGCCUAGUUUUGUAGCUGCUGUGUCUCCAAGUGUGCGUGCGUACGGCGUCGCGGACCGCGGUGGCCGCCUCGAGGCCGCCUGGCUCACAUUC